AUGGAGGGCUCGAGCCAAUCACAAGAAGUUAAGGCUAAUACGCCGACUCCUGAAGUAGAACUCAAUCCACAAAGAAUAAAAGCAUUGAUGAAAAAAUUAAAAGAAGAAUUAGAAGCAAGUAAAACAGAAUCAGAUCCUAUCAAACAAAGAGAACACCUUGCAGUUGUUGAAAAGAUUAAAAGAGUUUUGGUUGCAUUUCAAGAAAAGAAACAAAAUGAACAACAACAGCAGCAGCAGCAACAACAACAACAACCUUCAAGGUCUAACAGUGUAUCUCAAUCAGAAAAUAAUCCAACUCCAAGUAAUGGAAAUCAACCAAAUUCAGCAUCUUCAAUAGUCAAUAAUCAAAUAAAUCAAUUACCUAAUUCCAAUUUGAACUCGCAGUCACAAACCCCUGUACCGCCUUCCUCAUCAAGUCUUUCUCAAGCACCAUCUAUAAUUCCACAACAACAAGUUCAAUCAUCAAAUACACAGACUCAACCUUCGUAUAUACAACCUUCCACGCAAAAUCCAUCUCAAGCAACACAACAGACACCAUUACAACCACAAUCACAAACUCAACCUAACCAAACGCAGCCUAUUCAAACUCCUCAAAUUCAGUCACCAAUUCCUCAAAAACCAAACUCAAACCCAAACGAUCAAAAAGUAACUAUAGAAAAAUAUCAAAGAGUGAAAACUGUAUUAAAAGAAUUAGUAGAUAAAGUUCAAUCUUUAACUAGUGCAAGAGAAAAAGAAACAGAUCCAAUUAGAAAACAAACAAUUGAUAAACAAAUAGCUGAAAGUAGAAGUUCUUUACAACAAUAUCAUAGAGGUGCAAUGUAUAUGAGAUCUGUACUUGUUGAAUCUGGAAGGUUGUCUGCUAAUUCAACUCCUGUAAAUGUUACAACUCCAAAACCUGUUGCUGCAAACGUUUCUCAACCAUCAGUAUCGAAUCAACCACCUGCAUCUUCAAAUCAAACAAAUGCUAAUAACAGUACAUCUAAUCCAGCUAUAAAACCCCAGACAAACACGGUAAGUACUCCUGCAAAAACGGAUACACCUUCAGUAAGUACUCCCAACUUUACAAAUUCAUCAAAUAUAAAUAAAAAAUCUGCUUCUCCGGUACCAGCAGUCAUUCCAACAACAAAACCACGGGUUCCUAAUUCUACAUCAACCAUAUUCACUCCAACUGCAACUACAACAUCCAAUGUUAAAACACCUACUGUCUCAAGAGUUGCAAGUUCGGUAAAAUUAUCAACUCCUACUCAAUCUCAACCACCUGUUUUAAAUAUUGCAAACCCAACAAUUAAACGACCAUUACUUAAUAAUCCAAUAAAUCUGAAUUCAACUACAAACCUAGUAAAUUCAUUAAAUUAUUUUCAAGAUUCUACAAAAACACCAACAAAUAUACCAGAUAAUGAUAAUAGAGUAUUAACAAAACGUAAAUUAAAUGAAUUAAUUACAAAUAUAUCAAUUGAUCAAGGAGAUUCCAAAACAGCUGUUGAUAAUGAUGUUGAAGAAAUUUUUUUAGAUUUAGCUGAUGAAUUUGUUAAAAAUGUAAUGGAAUUUUCAUGUAAUUUAGCAAAACAUCGAAAAUUAGAUAAAAUUGAUAUAAAAGAUGUUCAAUUAAAUCUUGAAAAUAAUUGGGGUAUAAAAGUACCUGGGUAUAUGUCUGAUGAAAUAAAAGCUGCUAGACGAUGGAAUCAAAAAUCAGAUAAGAAAUAA